AUGCAAGGUGGGCGUCGAGUUGGCCAUGGAAGUUGUCAUGGGGAAGAAGGCCGUUUGCAGAGGGAGGAGGGCUGGGUGUGCUCUCUGCCCCUGAGAGGAAAGGAGAAGCUGAUGGGACAAAAAGCCCAGGUCAAGCAGCGCUGGCCACCCAGAAAGAGAAAGCAGCGGAGGGCAGGCCUCCUGCAGCCAACUACCGCGGGCUUAGGGCACGUAUGGUGGCCAGGUGGGCUGGUGGGUGGGGUCGAGGCGCCCACAUGCCUUCAUCUCCUGCUCAUCCUGCUCCCUGGGAAGAGAAAGCCGGCUUGCGAGAUCACUUCCUCCCUCAGUCGCGAAGCGUCCGAGGAUGAGAAUGUGCUGAAGAAAUGCUCUCUCUCGGGCUGGCCAAGAGCGCUGAGGAUCCAGGAAGAUGGUUCACCCGGACUGCGAACGCUUCAGGGGGCUUUCGGCUGGUCCUGCUGCCGCCGCCGCCUCCUUUCUCCGUCUUGGGUCCCGGGUGGCCCCCGGCGCUGCGCGCGGGGCGGGCGGGGGGGAUGCUCUUACAUAACCGCCCGCCGCGUCCCGCUUCCUCGCGCGCUCCGGAGCCGCGGGGAGGGAGCGCCCGGGACGGCGAUGGAGCCGCAGCCGGUGCCGCGGGGCCGAGGCCGCCCCGGCGGGGAGAGCGGCCCGAGCAGCCGCGGGAGGAGGGCGCGCGAGGCGGCGGCGGGGGAGGUGAAGGUCAGUGGGUGUGAAGCGCCGGAUCCACACCCCCUCCUCCCUCCCCUGUCCCCUCCUUCCCUUCCUCUCCGUCCCCCUCUGACGUCUGGAGCUGGCAGCUCGGCGGGUUCCGCAUUCCCGACCCCUCCCCGCCGCCCCGGGGCCGCUAUAUAG